AUGCUUUGCACUAGCCACGAUGCUUGGAUCCGUCAUGGACAAGGCAUAUCAACAUUGUUCCAGAUGCAGGGACCAGAGAUGUGCAGAGACAGAAACAUGUUCGAGCUUUUUCGCAGUAACAGGUUUCUCAUCAUACUCUCCUCGCUGGCUAGCAGACGACCUACUUUUCUCUCUCAAGCAUCAUGGAAAACGAUGCCAUGGCAGCAGCAGAAGGUAGCAAAAGACGGCAUGGAUCUUCUCCACGAUAUAAUGGCCGAUAUACCCGCGCUCAGAAGCACAUUGCUUGUGUUGCAAGACUCAAUUGAUACAGACGAAGCUAAAGCGGCCACGUAUCACGACUUGGCAGAAAAAGCCUUGCCUGUGCUCGCUGAACUUUUAGAAUGGCGAAAGAGCUGGGAUGCCUUACCUGAAGGUCAUAUCAUCAGUAUCUCCGCAGAAGAGCGACCAGAAAACUGCUCUUUGCACUUCACCAGUCUCCGUUCAGCGAAUUGCUGCUCUUUAUACGAUGCUGCACUAAUACUUGUGUUGGAAACUAUUCUUUUGUCUGCUCAACAGGGUCAAUUGCAUGCUGGGGCCGCAGCGACACUGUAUGAGAAAGCACGUCAAGCAGCUAUGGAGAUCUGUGCUAGUCUUGAUUUCCAGCUCCAAAACUCCCACACCAGACUUGGUCAGCUCUUCGUUCUCUGGCCGUUGCGAGAAGCCGGUAAGAUCUUAGGUAACGGUACCCCUGAACAACAGUCCCUUCUAGAAAGGCAGAAACAAAAGAUAGCCACUGGUCAAGAUCUCUGGGAAAUCGCGAAGUCUGCAUUCGGAAAGUAUGGAUGA